AUGGCUGCCAAGGACACCCCUGGCGGCGCCUCAACCAGCGAGAGCAACAAGAUCACGGACUGGGUCAAGCCGGGGGACACAUCGGGCGAGUUCAAACGCCAACAGAGCUCGUUCCGCAACUGGAUAUCCCGUGAGCCGGGUGCCCAGUUCCCACCCGAGAAGGGCAGGUACCACCUGUAUGUGAGCUAUGCUUGUCCAUGGGCCAACCGCACCCUCAUUGCGCGCAAGCUCAAGGGCCUUGAGGAUAUUAUUUCAUUCUCGGUCGUGCACUGGCACAUGGGCUCAAAAGGCUGGCGCUUCCCUACCGCUGAUGACACGGACGCGGCUGGCGAGAAUGUCAUCCCGGAUCCGGUUCCCGGCCACGAGGGGGUCACGCACCUGCGGGACAUCUACUUCCGCGUGAACCCGCAGUACGAGGGCCGCUUCACCGUGCCCGUGCUGUACGACAAGAAGACGGACACGAUUGUGAACAACGAGAGCAGCGAGAUUCUGCGCAUGUUUGGGACCGAGGUGGGCAUUGGUGUUUUCCUGUCCUGGCUGCUUACUUACUCACAUCCGCUGCCUCUGGCAAGCCAGUUCGACGACCUGAUCGAGGACAAGUACCGCAAGGUUGACCUCUACCCGGCGCAUCUCCGGAAGGAGAUUGACGAGGCGCACGAGUGGCACUACGACAAGAUCAACAACGGCGUGUACAAGUCCGGGUUUGCCACCACGCAGGAGGCGUACGAGCGAAACGUUGUUGCGCUGUUUGAGGCGCUGGACAGGGCCGAGGCACACCUGGCCGAGAAGGCGAGCGAAGGGCCGUACUGGUUUGGUGAUCAGCUCACCGAGGUUGACAUUCGGCUCUUCGUUACCAUUAUACGGUUCGAUCCCGUCUAUGUGCAGCAUUUCAAGUGCAACAUCCGCGACAUCCGCUCCGGCUACCCGGCGCUGCACAAGUGGAUGCGCCAUCUCUACUGGAACAUCGCGGCCUUCCGCGACACGACAAACUUCCUCCACAUCAAGAGGCACUACACCAAGUCCCACACCCAGAUCAACCCACACUCCAUAACCCCCGUGGGACCCUUGCCCGACAUCUUGCCGCUGGAUGAGGAGGUGGCUGCUGUGCCGGGGGUGAAGGCAUAA